AGGGAAAUUCCCUGCCCCGGAUUUUUCUGUUAGAGAAACUUUUUCAGUUGCGCCCAGAGGCCGAUUCUGAGCUGUGGCCACCAGGAUUGGGGCAGGAGAGCCCCCCACCACUUGAAACACCGACAUCUCCAGAGAUCCUGCAGCAGGACGGAGCUCCGUGCUCCCCAUCGCCACGUCCCCUCCUUGCUGCCUUGCUUCCUCCCUGACCAGGUGUGAUGGAAAUGGGUGAAGUUUUCCUCCAGCUGUGCCAGGAGGUGGCCAGGCUGCGGGAGCUGUGCUCCAGGCAGAGCGAGCUGCUGCAGAAACUGAGCGCCAGGAAGGGCCCCGCUGUGGACAUCCCCAUGUCUCUGCCCAUCCAGUGCACAGAGGACGCUUGGACAGAGGGAGGGGAGCAGCCAGCAGCCAGCCCCCAGGUGCACCCCAAGGCCCCGCAGGGCUCUGCCCACCCUCUGGCCCCACCAAAUGCUGCCCACACACUGCCUGGUGCCAGUGGUUGGUACCCAGCUUGCAGUGACCUCGGGGCUGGGAGAGCCACCCUCCCAGGGGCUUUUGGCAGCAGCCAGGCGGGGAGAAAGGAGAAGAUGCUGGUAGACACAUGGCUGGAGGACUGUAGGAUGACUCCUACCACCAACAGCCCUGAGGAAGGAGCAAGAGCUUGCUGCAGCCCACAGGAAUUUGUGACACCGAGCAGCGAGGCUGAGCACUCCUUUCUGACUAUCCUGGACCUCUAUGAAGCUCCAGAAGCUCUUGGGAGGGAGGAUGCUCCCAGCAACAGCGCUUUGUCUGCUGCAGAAAAGGUGCCAGUGGAAAUCCGGGGACCUCUGAAGACCUCCUGGACGCCGGGAUGGAUGCUGGAGGACGCCGCGCUUGGACCCGGCGCAGCUGCGGCUGCUCAGAUGUGUGACAUUUGCCAGGCGACCUUCCCUGCGGACACCGCAGCUCAGGCUGACUAUUUAAAGCACGUCUUAACCCACAUGAAGUAGGGCUUUAGGACUUUGUGCUCAGAAAGCCACGGGUGUGCAGCUGUGAGCGGCACAACGGGCUCCGGACCUGCGUGAGAUGCGGCUGCUGGGGCAGCUCAGGCUGCAGUUCCGUUCUGUGCCACCCGGAUCGGUUCCUGCUGUGCUGCCUGGGGGCUCAGCGGGGGUUCUGGGUGUGUUUCGGCUCACUGAGCUUCAUGGGUAUCAAAACUGCUUCUGUGCUGAGCUCCAGAUGCGUGUAGGAGGUUUGGGGAGCUGCAGCUUAAUGGGAAGUGGACGUUUUUUUCCAAAGUUCUCUGUAACUGGAAAAUGUUGAAUUUUUUACUUUUUUAUUUUCCUUGAAUAGAGACAUUUGAAAGCUGCAUUGUUGCUUUUUCCAAGAACACAGGAGGGGGGAUCACCAUGUUUUCAUGGCACUAAAUCUGAACUCGCUUUUGGAGAGGGUGCCAGCACCGCAUGCACGAUGCCACCCACCCUGCAGCAAUGCAAAGCUCCCAUCCCUAUGAGGGGCACAACUGAGACCCCUCCUCAUUAAAACCCCAUCAGCUCUG